GACCCGCUCAGCGCUGCGCGCUCCGCUCCGGCUCUUCCUCCUCCCGUUCCCCCCAAUCUCCGCCGUUCCCCUUCUUAUUCCACCACCGCAGCGAGCGAUCCUCCUCCUCCUCCUCGAGACCGGGAAACAGGUGAUUCCCCCUGCCCAGGGCCUGGAUGCGGCUCCCUCUGAAGGAUGAGGAUUCCCGGCGAGGCUCAAUCCGCGUAACUUUUGCGAGAAGAUAAAAAACUUCCCCCUCCGUCCCUUUAUUCGACGGCAUUAAAACCUCACAGCACUUAAAUCCAGAAGAACUUCGUCCCCGAGCUGAGCUUCAUCGCUUUUCCUGGGAUUGUCUCCAUCGCAAAGGCUGCGGCUUUAUUUUUUAUUGUUAUUUUUCUUUCCCCCCCCCUUUUUUUCUCCUCCCUUAAGCCACCCCCUUUCCUAAAGGAAACUGUUGCUAGUCGGAAUAGACUUUUUAAAUGUUUGGGAUUCAAGAUACUUUAGGAAGAGGACCCAUUCUCAAAGACAAAUCUUUAGGUUCCGAAAUGGAUUCCGUCAGGUCUUGGGUCAGGAACGUUGGGGUUGUGGAUGCAAACGUAGCGGCACAAAGCGGAGUGGCUUUGUCCAGAGCUCACUUCGAAAAGCAGCCACCCUCCAACUUGAGGAAAUCCAAUUUCUUUCACUUUGUUCUGGCUCUCUACGACAGACAGGGGCAGCCCGUGGAAAUAGAGAGGACAGCUUUUGUGGACUUUGUAGAAAAUGAUAAAGAGCAAGGGAAUGAAAAGACGAAUAACGGCACGCAUUACAAACUCCAGCUCCUUUAUAGCAACGGUGUCAGGACUGAACAGGAUCUGUACGUUCGACUCAUCGAUUCAGUCACUAAGCAGCCCAUAACUUACGAAGGACAGAACAAGAACCCCGAAAUGUGCAGAGUUUUGCUCACCCACGAAGUCAUGUGCAGUCGGUGCUGUGAGAAAAAAAGUUGCGGCAACAGAAACGAGACCCCAUCUGACCCCGUGAUCAUUGACAGAUUCUUCCUCAAAUUUUUUCUCAAGUGCAAUCAGAAUUGUUUGAAAACAGCAGGAAACCCAAGAGAUAUGAGGCGGUUCCAGGUUGUGCUAUCAACGACAGUGAAUGUUGACGGGCAUGUCCUGGCAGUGUCUGACAACAUGUUUGUCCACAACAACUCCAAGCAUGGACGGCGAGCGAGGAGACUCGACCCCUCAGAAGCCACACCGUGCAUCAAAGCAAUCAGCCCAAGCGAAGGGUGGACUACAGGGGGAGCGAUGGUGAUCAUUAUUGGAGACAACUUCUUUGACGGGCUGCAAGUUGUGUUUGGAACCAUGCUUGUAUGGAGCGAGCUCAUCACGCCUCAUGCCAUCCGAGUCCAGACACCUCCACGUCACAUUCCCGGAGUGGUUGAAGUGACAUUAUCGUACAAAUCCAAACAGUUUUGCAAAGGCGCACCAGGCAGGUUUAUUUACACAGCUUUAAAUGAACCUACCAUAGAUUAUGGUUUCCAAAGACUGCAGAAGGUCAUCCCAAGGCAUCCUGGUGACCCUGAAAGACUAGCUAAGGAAAUGCUGUUGAAACGGGCUGCUGACCUAGUCGAAGCACUGUAUGGAACGCCGCAUAACAACCAGGAUAUCAUUCUGAAACGAGCUGCAGACAUUGCAGAAGCUCUCUACAGCGUACCGAGAAACCCCGCACAGAUCCCUGCCCUCUCUAGCUCUCCUGCUCACAGCAGUAUGAUGGGAAUUAACUCCUAUGGCAGCCAGUUAGGAGUCAGCAUUUCAGAGUCAACACAGGGGAACAACCAAGGUUACAUUCGCAAUACAAGCAGCAUCUCACCUCGAGGUUACUCAUCCAGUUCCACCCCUCAACAGUCCAAUUACAGCACUUCCAGCAAUAGUAUGAACGGCUACAGCAACGUCCCCAUGUCAAACCUGGGAGUCCCAGGCUCACCUGGAUUCAUCAACGGCUCUCCAACAGGAUCCCCCUAUGGAUUAAUGUCUUCAAGUCCAACAGUUGGUUCCUCCAGCACUUCUUCCAUCCUUCCAUUCUCCUCUUCCGUCUUUCCUGCUGUCAAACAGAAGAGUGCCUUUGCUCCUGUCAUCAGACCCCAAGGGUCUCCUUCUCCUGCCUGCUCUAGUGGAAAUGGAAAUGGGUUUAGAGCCAUGACUGGUCUUGUCGUUCCCCCGAUGUAAGGAAGAGGCAGCUUUGCUCCUCUCCCUCUUCCCUUUUUUCCUCUUUUUUUUUCAUUUUUCUUUUACAGCACAAAACUACUUAUUGUGAUGGACCACUAAAAAGAAAAAAAAAUAGCACUACAAGCUCUUUUUUGGGGGAAAGCCAGGCCCAGGAAAAAAAAAAAAGGAACAUUUUUUAUGGAUCGGACAAGAUAGAAGUCUGCGUCUUUUACCUGUUUCAUAUUUCUGACACAACCAUGUCAACUCCUAAAACAUUGUGAACGAAGAAUCAGCCGAGAAUGAGGAUGAACAACGGUUGGCAGAGCGGGAUCGGAAACGCAAAGUCUUUCUUGAAAGACACGAAGCCUUCCUAAGCUUUGUAAAAUAUUAAAAAAGGAGAAAGAAAUUGGCAAAAUGAUUCAAGCUUGAUAUUUUGGAUACAAUUUGUUUUACUUUGUAGGGGAAAAAAAAAAAGUUGAAGUUUCUAUUUUCUAUGGAGCCUUUCAGAUAUCGAUUUAGUUUAUGCAGAAAUAAAAUUCAACAAAACAGGGUACCAGCAUGAAAGAAUUUCUAGGACAAACUGACAUGAAUGAUGGAACUUUGGUGUAUGUGUGUAUUUGCUUAUAGUUUAACCUCUUUAAAAAAUGUAAGAUGUUUUACAAUUAUUUAAAUAAAUAAACUUGUAACUUAUUGUAUGUAGAGGUAGAAACCAAACCCUUUUUUUGGAUUUUUUUUUCCUCCUGUUGUACAAUGAAAAAAAAAUGAUGCAAAAAUGUAGUGAUAAGUUUGAGAUAUAUUAUUACUGCUGCAAUUGCUCCUCACUUCUUCCCUCUUACUGAAGUCAUGUGCAAGGAUGUAUAGGAUUCUUUCUGAUUAACAGAAAACAUCAAAAGCUUUUAUGUACGUUGUGGUUUCCAGGUCGCUCAUUCGUGUAUGAAUUUUCAUCCUCCUCAUCUUUCCCCCUUCCAUUUUUUUUUUUUUGAUUUAAUUAAUAUUAAUAUCAAUAAUAUUCAGGUACUAAGAUGAACCGGGAAGUGUCAAAGACGAGACCGGCAAAUGAGGGAUUUAAAUGAAUCAGAUUUUUCACGCGGUACUGAUUUUAUUUUAUAGAUUCAACGGAGGGAAAGGGUUCUCUAAGAUAUUGCUUUUCCAUGUAGUUAGAACACCUUAAGUUCAGUUAUACACCAUAUUAAAGGUGCAUUUAUAAAGGGGUAAAUAUGUGUUUGAAUAAUUUAUGCACUUUUAUCCUGAGUCAUUAAAAAUGAUAAGUAUUCACCAUUUAUCUGCUGAAGUUCAUAGAAGUAAUUGAUUGCUUUGAAUUUUUUUGCAUUUUAGUGUAAAAAGAAAAAAAAAAAUGUUCUCCUUUGCAUCUUCUCUCCUGAAACUGAAAGGUGAGAACAAGUCUGAUAAAAAAAAAUCACUAGUUAUGACUAAAUCAGAGACUCAAAGGAAUUUGAUUGCUGGAAAAAGCAUUUUUAGAGAAAAAAAAAUCAGCUAUGUUACUUACCCCCAACUAAAAACCACACGAUUCAUAGCUGCAUGAAUAGCUUUUCCCAUGAUAACAUCUCUAUGUUAAUAAAUAAACCCUUCGUCUACAGCCCCUGGAACUGUAUUUGUCCAUGUGCCCAGUAGUUUUGUUGAUGGGUGAGUAAAAUAGUGUCCUUGGUGAUCCUUAUCUAUGGUAGAAGACGUUCAGUCCUGGACUCAGGAUGGUGAACAACUGCGAUGACUUGCACGGCUGAGCUAAUUUGGAGCUCACCUGGAGCAAACUCGGAUUAGUAAUAGAGUAGAAAGCCUCUCUCUAGAUCAUUGGUUCGGGGAUUAGUGACUCAGAGGCUUGGUGGUGUGUGUGGAUAGGACUGGACAGACCCUCGCCUAACGGACAGGUGUUUGGCGUAAGACUGCGUUUCACAAACACAUAAAACCAAUCCCUGGAACAGCCCAGAGCAGGAACGGUGACUGCCCGAGACCCUGCUGCUGGCGUGGAACAGCUGGUGCUCCCUGAAGCUUCUUUUUCAUAGUGUAGAGUAUGGUUCAUUUUAGAAGAGGAAAGUGUUUAAUAUCCAUGAAGAUUCUUAGGAUGAGUUUCUUAACAGCACAGCAGAGCAGCCAUAGACAAUGCAGUUGGGCUUCUCCCAUCAUCUGUAGAUGACACACUUGUUGGGAAGCAGAUCUACACUGCUCCUGACUAUGCCGCGAGGUCUGGUUAGCAGCUUCAUUAGGUGCCUUUUCAACGCUAUCAGAUUCAGUUUUUAAAAAGCAGAGGGGGUUUACUGUCUUCUAAAAUUCAAGAUAAAAUUUAUCACAUCAGCAAAAACGGCAAUUAGAAUCAUGGAAGGGUUUGGGUUGGAAGGGAUCUCAAAGCCCAUCCAGUUCCACCCCCUGCCACGGACAAGGACAUCUCCCACUGGAUCAGGAUGCAACUUUAAAGAUUUGGUAGGAAAAAUAUGUUUUUAAGAAGCAUGAAUAUAGUUAGUCAGGGUCUUACAGGCUGUUGAAAGUGUCUACAUUCUAGAAAAGAUGAAAUAAAAUAACUCACCAUUAAUCAUAAUUUGAUGGCCAGGCUGGAUGGGGCCUUGGGCAGCUUGAUCCAGUGGGAGGUGUCCCUACCCGUGGCAGAGGAGUUGGAACUGGAUGAUCUUUAAGGUCUCUUCCAACCCAAACUAUUCUAUGAUUCUAAGUUCAUCAACACCGCGGGUUCUUUGCACGUCCUUCAUGCCACAAGGAAGGAGCAACCACUGGAGGUCAGCGAUUGCAUCCAGCCUCUCUGAAAUAGGAAAGAACCACAGGUGUUAAGUCUGGAGCUAUAACUGUACUGCUCAUCUUCAAUAACACAGCAGGGCAGCUGAGGAUUGCUAUUCAGAACGACAACAACCAAACAAACACAUUUCAUGCGCUCUUGGGUCAGGUAUCCCAGCAGGCCAAGCUUGGGAGGUCCAAAUUCUCUUUUGGAAUUCUGCAUGGGGAAAAAAAUAGACUGAGGAUUAUUAGAAUCGGCAUUAAGAUUCCCAUAAAUUCCAGUGACUACCUACAUCGAGUCCUAGAUUUCAAAACAAUGCUUUGAUGGACCAGGCUCUUUUCUGAUCUAUCAUCUACAUUCCCCCAUUCUGAGCUACUAAAAAAACCCAAACAGCUCAAAUCAUAAAAAUGUGGGAUUUUUUUCCCCCUCCACCCUUCUCUAUACAGACUACAUUUGAAAUUAUAUCACCUCUGCUUCAACUAAAAAUUCCAUGUCCAGCAAAUAUUCCAGAUAAAUAGGAACUUAUAGACCAUGUGCCGAAGAGAAGCUCUCUCGCUUAACUCCUCUCACAUUUUCUAACAAAUACGAUUUUCAUUAGAAACUCUCAGUAAGAAAGGUUUCCAAUUUAAAAGAUUAAGGCAUUUCCUGGAAAAAGCCAUUCUGUUAAUUGCCCACCCUUCUUUUUUAUUACUGUUUAGUCAGCAUAGGCACAUAAAAAGAUCUCUGAAGUCUUGGGAAGAUUCAGGGGAAAAAAUUACUGGCUAAAAUAAAGAGAAAAGGUUCCAAAAUGCUCAACAUUCCUUUCACACUUCAGUUAUUUUUAUUAGCUCCAUCCAGUUGCUCAUGUGGGAAAGCCGUGAGUCCAAAAGAAAAAUCACCCUAGAAAGCUACUUUAGGAUGAGAAACAAGUGUAGCUGCCUGUGUCGAUGUAAACAUGGAAAAUAAGUUUAUUUCUCGUUUGAUUUGAGCCAAAUAAAUGAAAAAAAAAUGAAAUAUAGGAAUGAUUUAGAACAUGAAUUUUGCUCAUGCAUGGAACUCAUUGUACUCAAACUGAGCGUAGAACUUACUGGCAGCUUUGCAAAGAAAAAUGUGUGUAAAUAAAUACAAUCAGAAAUCCCUGACCACGAAAGGAGGACUUUGGCAGCGGCAAAACACCCAACGAAAAGGAAAAGUGAUGUAAAAAUUUAUAUGUAAGGAUUUUUUUCAAUGUAAUAAGCAAACCUGUCCUCUUUUAGUUAUUGCUGUUCAAUAUUCCCUAACAGCUUUCCUUUUUGCCACUAGAAAGAUGAGAGUGUUGCGCUAGGUAACUACAAAUCUUAUCAUAACUUUGGAAGAGUACAUUUUAUUUCAUUAUUUAUCUUGGUAUAGCAUCUUACUCUCCCUAUUUCUUUGCACACUUCCAAUAUGCAUGGUUUUUAAAGACUGUUUUUUCUCCCUUCUGUAAAUUAAAGCCUCAUUUCUCCCUCCUGUAUAGUUUUGGGGUUUGUUUGGGGUUGGCUGGUCGUUUCUUUGGUUCUUUGCUUUGUCAGUUAUAUACAGUAUGAAGUUGCUAUGCACAGAGCUUUUGUAAAGAUAGCUUUUUUUUUUUUGUUUACUGUUUUUAAUGGUCCUACUUAUGGAAGAAUAUCUUGUUUGUAAAAUGAAUAUGUCUACUUCAGUUUUAAACUUUAAA